CUUAUUGUUGGUCGCCUCUGUCACUUUGUGGGCCGGGUGACAUGAAUGGAUGAGCUGGACACACCUUCCAGCUUUCUCAAAAAAUUCCGGUCCGGAUCUGCAUAAAGAGUGGGAGGGACGCACCCCCGAGCCCCCGCAGCCUACGCCGCGGGCCAGGAAAAACGCACAGCUUCCCCCUCCCACACUCACUCCUCCCAUCCUUUAAAAAAGGCCCGACCCAAAUAAAUAAUACCGUUCCAAGUCUACCGGCGUCCUCGGUGCCCUCUCCUCCUUCCCCGGGGCGCGCGGGCUAGAAGGCCGGAGUGCGACCGGCUCGCGGCGCCGCAUCAUGCUCCCCAGUGCCGUGGCUGCCCACGCCGGCGCGUACUGGGACGUGGUGGCUUCCUCGGCGCUCCUCCACUUCCCCGCAGCGCCCGGCUUUGGCAACCUGGGCAAGAGUUUCCUGAUCGAGAACUUGCUGCGGGUUGGGGGCGCCCCGCCGCCAGGGCUGCCACCGCCCGCGCCCCACGGCCCCGCGGCCGCUCUAGCCACGGUCGCCGCUGCCGCCGCCACCUCCACCGCCACCGCAGGCGCGCAGGUCCGGCCCCUGCCUGCCAGUCCUGUUCCCCUGAAGCUGUGCCCGACCUCCGAACAGGUCAGCCCCGGCGGAGCGCCCUUUGGCACGCGGUGGGCUUUUCAAGUGCUCAGCCCCUCGGCGGACGGCGCGAGGCUGCCCGGCCGGGCUUCUGCUGACCGAGACUGUACCUUCCAUCCUUCAGCCCCAGCGCCUUCCAAACCCUUUUUCCUGAGUGCCCCGCCAUUCUACUCCGCGUGCUGCGGUGGGUCCUGUCGGCGCCCUGCAUCCCCCACUGCUUUUCCAAGAGAGGACAAGGUGCUGCCCCUCCUGACACAGGACUCCAAUUCCAAAGCUCGGAGGGGUAUUUUAAGAAGAGCUGUCUUUUCUGAGGACCAGAGAAAGGCUCUGGAGAAAAUGUUUCAGAAGCAGAAAUAUAUCAGCAAAAUAGACCGAAAGAAACUUGCCAUCAACUUGGGACUGAAGGAAUCACAGGUGAAAAUCUGGUUUCAGAACAGAAGAAUGAAAUGGCGGAAUUCCAAAGAAAAGGAAGUGCUUUCCAACAACAGGUGUAUCCAAGAAGUAGGCCUUCAAGAGGAUCCCCUUUCGAGAUCUGCCCUGGGUUUCCCCUCUCCUUGUCCUUCACUCUGGGACGUCUCCCAACAGCACUCCAGUCCAAGAUGGAGGGAGAAUUCGCCAGAACCUCCAGAAAGACUCAUCCAGGAGAGUUCAGCGACACAGCCUCCAGAAGCAAAUUCACUGCAAGGUGCCUUAUACUUGUGUUCUGAAGAAGCUGGAAACAAGGGUGUACUUACUGGGGCUGUCUGAAUGGAGGCAUUCCUCCAUGUUAAUUUAAAAGAACACUUAACUAAUAAUCUUUGGACUUUAAAUCCAGCUAGCUUGUGCCUCAUCAGUGCCUAAAACCUAACACCUCUGGAAUGAUACAUGAACUAAUGCUUCAGGAAACUCUUCUCAGUGUUCUGUUAUUUGCAUCUCAGACUCAGAUUUAAUUUGUAAGUGGAAUAGAAUCUCCCAGAAAGUGUGAUGGAACUGAGAAAAAAUGAGAGUAAUAGUUGGCUCAGUCUGAGUGUAUAUAUAUAUAGUGUGUCUCUAUGUGUGUUUGUAUAUAUGAAUAUUCAUUAAAACACAUUAGGAGAAACCAGUUCCUCUUUAAAUACUGCCUGGAGCAAAUUAAUUUCCUUUUAUAUGAAGAAAAGCCAACCAUUGACUGAAUGUCAUUAAUUUUUCAAAAAUAAUGUAAAAGUUGGACUUCAGUCCGAAUUUUUAUGUAAGAACACGUUCUUUAAAAUUUUCUAUUUUCUGGUUUCAUUCAGUAUGCAGCUGUAAAUGAGUUAUAACAACUUUGCAAUACUAAUCAAAUGAGCCACUGUUAGAUUUAUACAUUGAAAGUGUAUAUUGAAAAUUAAUCCAACAGGCAAAGUAGAAGAAUUUCUGAAUGUAACUACAAGUAUUCUUAGUUUUCAAGUCACUGCCAUGAGGGUGGUACCUAUUUAACCAAUGGUGAUCUUUUGAUCUCUUUUGAUCUCUGUAAGAAUGGGCCUUAACCAGGGUUUGCAAUGUAAAAUGCCUUUUAGGGCCUGUCGGGUAAAAAAAGGGCAUGACCCACCUAAAAAUAUUUGAGUUUAGUACUUUUUAAAGUGCUAUGUUGGCCAAAUGAAACAUCUGUGCCAAGCAGUUGUGACCCCCGGCCAAGACUUAAAAAAGUGUCACAAUUUUUUUAAAUGUUCCCAACUGGACUACAAAACACAAUACUAAUGGAAUCUAUAGAGAUUUCUCUUUGCACUUCUAGUUAGAGACUCAAUUUUCCACUUAGGUGCUAUAUACUAUAUAUAUUAGGUUAUUUUAUGUAUUAACAAACACCACACAGAUGUUUAAUGUUUUUGAGUACUCUGAAAUAGUAUUAUUAUAAAAUUGCCUUUCUGGUAACGAUUUGCUUAGUUAAUCUAGAAUUUUUAUUCCAGGUCCAAGAAGAAAUUAUGUUUUACUUUGAAGGAAAUGAGGCAGAAAAAGGAAAUGAUGUGGUUUUGAACUAGGUUAUUAUUAAUCUGUGGACAAGAAACAUUAUUAGAAGUUCAUGAUGUGGAAUUUUGUUUGUGAGAAAGCUACGUAAAAGAAUGACUUCUGAUUUGCUUAUGUUCUUAACUAUAGACUGGGAGGGUUUAGAAAAGAUAAUAUUUCACUACUAUGCUGCACUCCUGAAACUGAUAUAAUAUUGAAUGUCAACUGUAAUUGAAAAAUAGAGAAGUAUAAGAAAAGAAAAGAUAAUAGUUUUAGUCAGCAUCAGGAAAUUAUUUUCUGUGAAUGGAAUUUGAAUUGGUAUAUGCUUGGGUAUGUCUUUAUCAGAAGAUCGUUUAUUUAAAAGUCAUUUCAGAAGAAGCUUUUCUCAGUGCCUCUUUGUGGGAAGCAGAGGCAUGGAUCUUCUGAUAACAAAUUGAAUUUUAAUUUUUAAAAAAUUUUUAAGGUAUUAGUUUCAGGUGUACAACAUAGUGAUUAGACAUUUAUGUAACUUACAAAGCGAUCGCCCUGAAAAGUGAUUUAUAGUGUGGUUUCUUUUCUUUAUAUGAUGUUAACCUCAUUUACAUUUAUUGGGUCCUUAUUAUGUGUGAGAUACUGUGCUAAGCCUUUAGGGUCGGUGUACUUAUUUAAUCUCAUGACAAUAACCCUGCGACCUAGGCAAUAUUACUAUCAGGAUUCCUGUUACCCAGACAAGGGACCUGAGGCGGUAUGGUUAGGGCGAUCACCUGGGGUCAUGAGGUUAACGAAUGGAAUUUGGACCCUGGUAGUCCAGUUUCAAAUCUUGAAAUCUUACCAACCAUGUGGGGGCGCAUACCACUAUGGGAUGCAUUGGAAGACAUAACAUUUUGAAAAUUACAGUGAAAUUUAUUAAAGAAAUUCAGAACCAUAUUGUACUUUACAAGCUCUUAUUUGGGGUAUGGUUUUCUCUUCAGAAGUCUCUUCUGUAUUCAUUUUAAAGUUUAGGGAAAGUAAAGACUUGAAAAAGCCUUUAACUAUGAAGCCUCUGUAGAGAUUAAUCCCAUAGCAGUGUUAAAUUAAAGUACAUCGUUUUACCACUCAUUGCUAAAAAUCAUAAAGUACUUAUCUUUGGUCAAUGUCUAUUGAGAAUAACUUGAAACUCAGAUGAGAGAAACUGUCAUGGCCAUUGAUUACCCAGGUUUUAGAAGUGGCCUGAAUGACCUGCCUCCAGGGUUUCGCUCAGCAGAGGCUCCUCUUUGUGAGAUUGGUUUGAUAUUUGAAUAUACAGAUAAAUCUUUUAAUUGGUUUCCACUUUGGAAUGUGUUAAGGCUUAGGAAAAGUACUCUUUGGAGGAAUGUAUUAGGGCUUACAAAACACACAAGCACAUAGACAUGGCGCAUGCACACACGCCUGCUGUGCCUUGACUUGGCCUGAAUUGCUGGAAAGGACCACUGAGCUUGAUAUUCUAACUGACAAGGGUCUCCCUCUUCUAUCACUUUGUGCUCCACUAGCCCUCCAUUCACCUACAGUGUACUUACAUGCGUAUUUUCUUCUGUUAUCUGGAUGAUGACUCCUUCUCUCCAUGUGAUCGUACAAUUGCAUAUUUGUUGCUCUCCAGACAAACCCUGCUCUAGUAAGCACCAGGACCAUAGAAGCCUGGAGGCAAAAGCAGUACAAAAAUUUUUAAGUAAGUUGUCAGAUGCAUGUUAAGCAGAUGAGAAGAAAAAAAUGGUGAGUACCAUCUUCCAGCAGUGAUAAGGAUGACUGUUUUAUAAAGCUAAGUAUGAAGGGCUAGGAGUAUGUAAGCAGGUAAGGAAUGAUCACUGGAUGUGGAGACUGAGAAAGCCAUGAUUAUCAAUGUUUAAGGCAACAAAAGGCAACUCUUUUUUCUUAGUAAUGAGGUAGCUUGAGUGUGGAACCCAGUUAUUUAGGCCAGUGAUUCUCAAGCUUUAAAUAUCCAUACAGUUGGGCAGACCAUACCUCCCAACCAGUUUUUGCUACGUGCUCAGAUUUGGACACAUAUUUCACACAUACUCUUCAACACUCACACCAUCCUCUCUACCCCUGAGCAUUAUCAUACAUAUCAUUUUUUCACAAUCACAAUUAAAUAUGCUUGUCCAAUAUGCUGUAGUUCCUUCUACACAUGUUCCUUCUGCCUCCUUUCACUCCCCAGUCUGAUGAAUCCUUUUAUUUAAUUAAAAAAAAUUAAAUUUACUGGGGUAACAUUGAUUAAUGACACUACGUAAGCUUUCGGUGAAAAAUUUGGAAUACAUCAUCUGGAUAUUGAUGCAUCCCUUUUAAAAGCUACCUACUCCCCAACAUCCUCCACAACCCAUCCCUCGAUGAGCAGUGAUUUCAUCAAGGUCUGCUGGCUUUUUAAUACAAUGAAGCUCAUUCCAUUGUGUUCAUGAGCUUAUUAGACACUGCAUCUGCAGUCAUCU